AUGAGUUCUUACGAGAAUAAAGGCCUCGCCGGUCAUAAUUCGUCGCCCCAAGAAGACGUGCUUUCGAAGUCGGCCAAUCAUCCAAACGAGGUCACUUACUCGGCUAACAUGCCAGAGAAGAGUUUAGAGAAACCUCGGGACUAUGCCGCCGCCGAGAAGUCGGUUACUGAUGAGGAGAGCGCAAAUGUAGGCCAUAUAGCCGGCGACGAGAAGGAAGAACCGAAGGGCUUCUUCGCUAUUUAUUAUCGAAGAUAUCGGGCCUACGUCCACAUCUUUAUCUGGCUCGUCUUUACGGCAUGGUGGAUCUAUGGCCUCGUUCGUUUCCGGAACGAGAAGAACUGGCUGAUCCCGUUCUUGGUAUACCUGGCGAUCACGCUUCGUAUCAUCUUCCUCUGGAUCCCGAUUAAAUAUGUCAUGAUGCCUGUCAAAUUCGUCUGGCGUCACACUGCCUUCAGGAUUUACGAGAUGAUCCCGAAGAAGCUCCAUCGCCCACUUGCUGCCGUCGUCACCGUCGCAGUUUUCUUAAUCGGCUCUAUGGUGCCGGAAGAGACCGGCGACAACACGCGCGCCCGCCGUGCGCAAUCUCUGUUUGGCCUGGUAGUGAUGAUUGCUGUAUUGACUGCCACUUCGAGGGACUGGAGGAAAAUUCCCUGGCAUACUGUCAUCGGCGGAAUGCUCACUCAGUUCAUUAUCGCCGUCUUCGUCUUGCGAUCCCAGGCUGGUUAUGACAUCUUCAACUUCAUUUCUACGCUGGCCCGAACCUUGCUAGGCUUCGCCGGCGAGGGUGUCGAAUUCCUAACGGAUGCUACAGUGAGGCAAAUGACUUGGUUCCUCAUUACUGUCAUGCCGCCCAUCAUCUUCUUCAUCGCUCUUGUAUCCCUCCUGUAUCACGUCGGCCUUAUCCAGUGGUUCGUCAGCAAGUUUGCCGUCUUUUUCUUCUGGACUCUCCGCGUUUCGGGUGCCGAAGCCGUAGUAGCCGCCGCGACCCCUUUCAUCGGACAGGGAGAAUCUGCCAUGCUGGUACGUCCGUUUAUCGCGCAUAUGACCAUGGCCGAGAUCCAUCAGGUUAUGACGUGCGGCUUUGCCACCAUCGCCGGUUCCGUGCUUGUGGCCUACAUCGGGCUUGGCCUAAGUCCUCAGGCGCUCGUCUCUUCCUGCAUCAUGUCUAUCCCGGCAUCCCUCGCUGUCUCUAAGAUGCGCUUCCCAGAGACGGAAGAGACCCUAACAUCCGGCCGCGUAGUUAUCCCAGAGGACGACGGGCACAGGUCUGCCAAUGCGUUGCACGCCUUUGCGGACGGUGCCUGGCUCGGGUUGAAGAUCGCCGGCAUGAUUAUAGCCACGCUUCUCUGCAUCGUCGCCUUUGUUGGUCUAAUCAACGGACUUCUUACGUGGUGGGGUAGUUAUUGGGGCAUUCAAGAAUUAACCAUUCAGUUUAUCCUUGGUUACUGCUUCUACCCCGUAGCUUGGCUACUUGGCGUACCGAAUGAAGAUCUCUUGCUCGUCGGAGAACUAAUCGGUCUGAAAAUCAUCAUCAACGAGUUCAAGGCAUUCGACGCCCUUAAGUCGAAUCCUCGCUAUGCGGGCUUGAGUCCGCGAGCCCGGAUCAUCGCCACCUAUGCUUGCUGCGGUUUCGGCAACAUCGGCUCUCUCGGUACUCAGAUCGGUGUAUUGAAUCAGCUUGCCCCCGAACGUGCCGGGGAUGUGUCUAGGGUUGCCAUUUCAGCCCUUGUUUCUGGUAUUAUUUCGACUCUGACAUCCGCUAGUGUUGCCGGCAUGUUAUAUACGGACACUAUAGGAGCACCUCUAAGUUAG